AUGGGUGAACUCUAUGGAGUUGGCAAGAUUUUACAAUUCAUAGAAGAUAAUUUCUUUCUCAGCCGUGCAACACUCUUUGUUUUUGCAUGUGUUGUCGCCUCCUGGGGUUAUAAUUGCAUCUUCUUUGUGUUCAUCUUUUUAGAAUUAUUCAUUUAUUUUUGCCAAUACAUCGGACCAGUUAUCGACAAGAAUAGAAAAGAAGAAUUUGAUACAUGGGUUGAUCAAUCAUUAAAAGUUACUGGUGGUGAAACAGCUCAUUGUUUAAAUGGCUUCAUUGAGCAAGCAUGGCAGCCAAUAUUUCCUGAUACAUACAGUCCAUUUUUCUGCCAGCUGUUAACAGACCUAUUUACAAGUCUAUUACCAAAAAUUAUCAGAAAUAUUAAUUUCACAUGGUUUUCUUUUGGAAAAAGACCACCUAAAAUCAUUCAAGUCGUUACAGAACAAGCUCCAAAUCCAAUGUCUGUGGCAUUAACAGCUUCAGUUGUUUAUGCUCAAGAUCUUUCAAUCAAAAUGAACUGCACAGUUCUCAAAAUACCAUUUACACUUGAAUUAACAGAUCUUGUUGCUUAUGCUCCUCUUCAAGUUACUGUCGAAACACCAGAAAAGCCAAACUUUUUGUAUUUGCCUCCAAUUACUGCGAUUGUUUUCAAUUCACCGCAACAUCUCCGCAUUCUUUCUAAUACUCUUAAGCUUAACGGCUACAAUGUUGGCAAACUACCGCUCAUUAACUUCUUAUGGUGUCAUAUGCUCGAGCAUUUCUUCAAACUCAUCCUUAGUGAUGGCGAAUCCGUAGUUUGGAACUUUGUCACAGGAGAAUGGAAACUUCGCCAUAUGACAAGACCAUAUUCUUCCCUUUCUGCCAAAAUGUUCCAAGGAAUUGCUACAGAAAGCACUCCAACGAAGCUCGGAAGGUUCUCAAUGCCAGAAAGUAUGCUCGCAGCCUUCAAUGAUACAAGAAAGAAACUUUGGGAAAGACUUUAUGCAGAAAAAAUCCCUCCAACAAAGAGAUUGGUCUAUUUAGCCCCUAACCAUGGUGAAAUGACCCAACUGUUACUUCCUUAUGAAAAUAAAACAGCUGAAAAAGCUGAUAUCGAAACUCAAACAGAAAUUGUGGAAAAUGAACCAGAAAAAACUGAAAAUUAA